UUGCCAGGCCGGCCGGCACUUCACGUACCAUCGUCGCGCGGUACGUUUCGUCGGUCUCGCGCGCGCGCGUUACCGGUUUCGCCGUCGGCCGCUUCCAUCCGUCCCCGUCCGUCCGUCCGUCCGUCCGUCCGUUCGCAAAUCUCGGCUCGCGAGAAAGAGAGAGAGAGAGAAUCUCGCGCGGGAUCCUCUUGCGAGCGGCGGUCCCCCACGAAGUACACAAUCCGUCGCGAUGCAGCGAGCCGCGUCGCGUAGCACACACGACCUGCGGAGAGCGAGCGCGCUCGUAGAAAUGCGACGCGAGGAGAACCUUCGGCCGAUUAUUCGACACGUGCCGCGUGCCCUCGAUCGAUCCGAUUGAUCUCGCGAGUCGGCCCUCGGGAGUGCGGAGUGAAAGUGCUGAGCGGAGUAAAGGGGAAAAAGAGCGGGAAGAGAGGAGACCAGCAGAGAGAGAGAGAGAGAGAGAGAGAGAGAGAGAGAGAGAGGGAGAGAGCGAGAGCGAGGAACGAGAACGUCGCACCGACGUGGAUUUCGUGGAUUACGAGAGAAAGAGGAAGAAAGCGAAGAGACAGCGGUGGGUGCGUGCACGCGCGCGUCGCGGCAUGAAGUCGUGCCGGCGGCACGGAGGAUCCUCCGCGGAAUCCGGCCGACUUCGCCGAAGAGGAGCGACCCGCUCCCGCGGUGACGCGGCGCCCCGGUGAUGAGGAGUGAGCGCCGACGCCGCUCGCCCGAGUGUGUUAUGCGCGAAUGCGGCCGGCCAGGGGAUCGCUAUCACUCAGCAGCAGAGACGACAAGCGCGACGACGAGCGCCGCGACAGCGACAGCGACAGCAGGAGGCCGCCGGCACCGGCGUCGUGAUGCCGUUCGUCAUGCGAAAGGUGGAGCCGCGGCACCUGUGCCGCGGCCACGUGCCGGCGGGCUCUCAGGGUUGGCCGGUGGGUGCCGAGCUGGAAGCGGUGGCGAACGGUGCGCUGACCAACUCCCUCAAGCAGCUGGCUUCCCUCCUGACCGCCGCGGAGGACAUCUUCGCGAGCCUCACCGUGGAGCUGGCCUAUGUCACCGACCGGAGCGGUCACCUGCGCCGUAGGAUCGACAAGGUCGAGGAGCGAUUGAGCGCGGUCGACCCCAAGAAGAUCCCAGUCCCGGAAUCGGAUAUCUGCACUUUCGCGACGAGGACGGAGCAUUUUCACGUCACGAAUAAACCAUCGACGGGACUAUUCACGCCGGGUACGAGGCCAAAGGCGCUGAAGGAGCUAUACGAGCUCGCUGCUAUAGUCGCCGUUCGAAGUUUGGAUUCCUUGAGGAGGGAUGGCAGCUCGAUGGAUAUGUUCCUCUGCACACCCGUCCUCGGUAAGAGAAGGCGGGAUCAGAGCCUCGACAUCGAGUCCAGAGUUCCGGCCGCUAUCGAGGAUCUGCGAAGAUGGACGUCCGCCGAGGCGCUCGGCGACGUCACCGUACCGCCGGACUGCAUGUCCAGGAUCCUGGGCGACACGACCGGCGACGACGCCGUCGAUCACAAGCUACCCAGCCCCGAGGAACAGGUUCAGGCUAUCGCGCUCAAAUUCCCGGCGGAAAUCGUGGCGGUGGAUGUGAGCGGCCGAGGUUUCGAAAGAAUGUCGAUGAGGAGGAGGUCCUUGCUGUCGGGACCGGCGGAAAUCCAGGAAACGACGGUGAAGAGAAGAUCACGACCACGCAGGCCUAGAGGAAAAAGACGGAACACAAUCGCUGGUACUGAUCAGAAAGAAAUUCGCCAAGCUAUCGGAGGGGAGACGACCGGCGACGAGCCCGAGGAGACGAUGCCGAGUGCCACGCCGAGAGCUCAUCGCUCGGCGAGCACGGACAUCCUGGGUUCCACGAAGAAGGACUCGCCCACGGAAAAGAAGUCACACUUCAAUACGUUGAAGGCGUGGGGCAUGUCUCGACUGAAGCUGAUCAGCCCGAAAUCGAGUCAGCAGCAGCAGCAACAGCCGCAACAACAACAGGAAUCGAUGGUUGCCGCACCCAGCGCAGAGAGGAGCGAACAGACCCAAGGCCAGACGAGGUCGCCGGAAGAGAUCAACAUCUACGAGACGGUGACGACUAGACGAAGAAGGGACAAGUCGCACGAGAGGAAGCCCAGCUCGUCUAGCUCGAGUGGCAAGAGCACGGCUAGUAUACCGGUGUCGGUGCCGAGUACGGACAAACAGCCGAGCGUGAAAUUGCGCGAGAGUGCCGCCCAGAGGCGAGAGAGACGGAAGGGCAGCAACCGCGACGACGCGCCGCACUCGAGCUCGGGGAACUGGAGCGCCUCGUCCGAGAGCGGAAGGGCCAGCAUAGGCAGUGAGACUACUACCACUACGCAUCAGCCCAGUUUUAGGUCCACGACGACUGCUUCGAUCGGCACGUCUUCCACUUCUUUGAGUCACAUGAGGCGACUCAAAGGAAGGGACACAUCGGCCUCGUCCUCGGUGACGUCCGAGGGCACCUUAACCCCGGAUAUCAUACAAGAUAUCACGGUGGUGCCUUUCUCGGACGACGGUGAGACGUCGUCCGUGUAUUCGUGCGACACCGAGGGCUAUUACACCUCGUUUCACAUGGACUCUGGUCUGAAAACACUUAGAGAGGAAGAACCCGUGCCACAGAGCCCUUUGACCAAGUCCAACGACGUUGGCUCUGAUCCUACCUCGCCAGUCGUCGAGAACGAGUAUGAAUUAUUCGGCAGAGGCUCGACUUCUACAACAACUAGUUCAGCUGGAACGGUUUGCACCGCGUUGAUGGCACCACCACCCCCGGAACGCAAGUCCAGUCUCACGGUUGUUGCUAUGGUCCAUGGUCAAAAUCAAAACGGCGGCGAGUCACCAGACAGCGGUCACAACACGUCUUCGUCGCCGGUCGAAUCCGCCUCGAGCCCAGCCUGCACCGGCCGAUCGUGCUCCGAAUUCGAGUACUCGGAAUCGAGCGACCUGGAAGGCUGCGAACGCAUCGAGAGGAUCCGCUCAAAGACGGCGAUCACGAGUAGUCGGAUUCCUUCGAUGUGUGUAAUCACGCCUCCAGGUUCCGACGAUGAACACGUUCGAGAAACGGAACAGAGCGAGAAGAAGAAGAAGAAUGAGCCACGGCGGUCCGACCUGCAGAGCGGCGGAUCAGUAUUGAUGUCUGCUACCGUCGGCACCUCCAAGAUGGAGGUGAUCAACGGUCAGGACAAAAAUCUGUACGCCACCGUGCAGGUAUUGCCAGCUACGAGCGGCAACGACAGGCCGAUAACGACGAGCCAGUCGUCGAUGAAGAUCAGUCCAUUGAGCGGCGUUCUGGGGAAACUUCGUGGCGUGCUUCCGGGCAGGAAGCAACCCACGAAGAACGGCGCUGUGCAGGAGUUGUCGAACGCAGACUCCGGCGACUAUGUGACCAUAGCCGACGUGAGGAACAACAACGACAAGCGUCCGGGGCCGCCCUCGUCGUCGUCGUCAUCGUCGUCGUCGGGUAUGACCCCUGUCCGACCUACCGCCACCUACGCUAAUUCCGACAUUUUCAAAAAGGACGCGGAAUACGUGAGCCUGAGUGAGCUGCCGAAAAAGCCGGAUUCCUCGUUGGAAAGGAAGAGGCAAGGCGCUCGCGUCACUUUGGAUUCCGAGGGGAAAGUCGUGUACUCGUCGGAUAGCUUGAAGAGGAGGAAAGGAGCGCACACAACGUUCAAUCCAGGUCCCUUCGUGCGGGAAGGUGUGUCACCUAGCCCGUCGCCGUUGCUGCAUCGCGCUACGCCGAAUAUCCGCGCCGUGCCGAAGAGCGGAGACGCCGUGGACGGUGGACUCAGUAGAUCCACGCCGCCGACGUCUCCACAGCUGGGCAAACUGAUCAUACGAGCAGCACGGAGUCCGGAUCGCGCGGCCAGUCCGGAUUAUGUGCGCACGCCGGCGACCGUGGUCGGUCCUACGAGUCCGACCAGUCCGCACAGACAGGUCCGCGGGGCUUACGUCAACGUGCAAGGCGACGAAGACAACCCCUUACUCAGCAUACCACCGGAAUCGAUUCCGCCCCAGGCGAUAGUCCAACCGCCACCCUAUGUCGCUCCACCGUCUCCUACGGAGGACCGACAGAAGUCGCAAAAGUACCAGGAGAUCCUGAAGGACUCGCAGCCGUGUCUACGAACGUAUUCGGAUAACGAGAAGCAGCAACCGAUUACAGACCGGAAGCAGACCUAUUCGCAGGAUAUCUACGACCCUCGUUCGACCAUCCAGCAAUAUGACAGCCGCAGGAACCUCCUCGAACAUCCGCAGCCGCGGAUGUCCAAUUACGAGUACCAACGAGCCGCGAACUAUCAAACGGUGCACAUGCAUAACGCGAGGAACCAGCAGCUCUGUUCACCGGCCAGGGAUGCCAAUCAGCAAUUCUAUACCCUGCCGACGAGGAGACCACAACGAGAGGUCGACCCACCGCGCAGCGUCACACCGGACAUCACGAGAGGGCUGGAACACGGUACCAUUAGCGGGAUGCACGUGAUGGCGAAGCAAGGCCAGAGGAUUGCGGAGAACGAGCAAGCUCGAUACGGCUCCCACGUGGACUUGGGAAGAAGGAACUUGGAACAGCAGGAAAUGCGGGGCAGAUACGUGCAGAGUCAGCCGCAGUCGGUCGUGGAUGUCAGAAACAGCAGGUUCGCAACGCCUCUAAGCCUAGCUGCACUCGGAUAUCGAUUCUUCGCAUCUUCACCCGCCAAUGAUCCUCUUGCGAAGUCUCCUAACGCGGACAUUCUCAAGAAUAAUCCAAUUUCGCCGAUCGGCCCUGGCUACGGUAACAGCUUCAAAUCGUCUACUCCCACCGAGCGAUCGACGCCAACCGUAGCGGAACGUCUAGCUUUAACCGCCUCUAAUAAUUGCGCGUCGCCGGUGCCGAGCUCGUCCGGUAGGAGUACUCCUGUCCAGACCUCUUCCGGCAGGAGCACACCGACGAAUCUGAUCCUGUCACCCACCAAGAGCACUAUGUCUAACGAGGAGCUAUUCGCCGCGAUUCACAAGUCGAAGAAGCGACUUAACAUCAAACUCAAUGACAAUAAUGAAAAUGUAUCGCCAUACGGCUCGAUGAACUCCCUAGUGAAGACACCGGCUGGCACCAGACACAGUUGGAGCCCGGAAUCUCAGAAAGCUCCAGAGAUACCGACCACUGUUCAGUCGCCCACAUCGCGAAUGGAUUUCAAACGUUUACUCCUUCAGCAGAGCGUGAAAACAGGUCCUGUGCGACGAUCGGCUGCGGAGCAAUUACAAAUGUCGCGCAACCAAUGUCAGCAACAGCAACAGCAACCGUUGCCGAACGCUCAUCAGAGUCCCUUGGCCAAGGUUCUGAGUCCUCGCUCGGUCUGGAGGUUCCAGACGCCGAGAACGGAUGUGCUCUCCUCCACCAUAAUCGAAGACACCGCGGCAGAGGAGAAAGCUAUGAAACCUUCGCCAGAGAACACGUCACCUAUCUCAAGACUGAACUUCGGGAGACAACUGGACCUUUGCAGCGACUUACCGACUCAUUUGCGUCUGGCUGAUUACGAGACAACGGACAAGAUGCCGACGAACGAACUCGAUGCUGAUCUCACGACGACGAAAUCGCGAAAUCAAGGCGAUAAAACGGAAGAACUAACUACGAGUGUACCUAACAAUCCCACGCGAAUUGUGUCUCCCGUCAAGAAUACGACAACCGUCCAGGACACAGCAUCUUCACAUCCUCAAAUUACCGCCAUCAACACGGCGAUGCAGUAUUUGAAGGCUACAUUGCCGACUGAUUCAAAAGAUCUCGACGCCAUAAGCGCAUUCGAAUCGAGGAGACUUAGCAAUCAAUUGGCGAGAGCUCAAUUCCUGGCUAGUACACCCACGAACGCCAAUCAAACACAGAACCUCUACUUCAAGAAGAGAUUUAGAGCGAGAUCGGAAUCACCCCAACACGCUGCGAUACAAAACGUUGCACGUAGCCCGAGUGCACCCACUCUUGAGACCGCUUUGUGAUCUGGGAAUACUUUGUUAACUAGCACGACGUUCUUAUGGUGCAAGUUUAAAAAUUUAACUCUUUAUUAUUAUGGUGGAUUUGCUCAUUUCCUUUCUCGAAAGUAUACAAAUACUAUUAGUCAAUAUCAGACGUUAAACGAUUUAAUAUUUAUAUAUUUAAUAUUUAAUAUACAUACGUAAUAUCUCAAAAGAAUAUAUCCAUGCGAUGGAUAUUAUACAUGUAUAUUAAAUAUGAAUGUUAUAUGAAUUAUAUAAAACGAGGGCGUCAAUGAAUUAAGUAAUAAUUUAAUUUUUAAUUCAAAUUGAAGUAAACAAUUAUUAUUAUCAUAAUGUUUGAGGAGUUAAUAUUGUAUUCGUAUUACUCUAAUAUCCCUCGUUUUAUUAAAAUUCCUAGAAUUUUUCUAUAAUAAUGUUUUCAUCCACCACUUUAGUGAAUAGUUAAUAGUGGAAACAAUCGUUUCUUGAACACCUGAAUCUGAAAAGUUUCGACACGACGCUACGUACUCGUUGAUUACGAGCGAUUUUAAUCGACACGAGAUAAUGUCGCCAACUCGCGUCUGCUAAAAGACAAUAAUUCCUAACCGUGAUAUAUGGUAAUAACGUGGCAAUUAGUAUUACCCAGUAUUGCAGAGCUUCGCGCGUAAAGUAAAAAGACGUCUAAAUUAUAAAUCGCAUUUCAUCGAUCGGAAACAAGUUUUAUGACACGCGUUUAAUUAUUGCUAAAUCAUAUAUAUACGUAACUCAAUCGAAUAAGCAAUAUAAAUAUAUAGAGUAUUCCCGACUCCAAUAAUCUGAAAACAUCGCGUGUGCCUAUUUGAUGUAAUUAUUUUACGAAGAAACACAUUUAUACAGCGUUUGAGCAAAUUUUAUGUUGAACUAAGGACAAUUUUCGUUAUGGUAUGAUGAUACCGUAUACUUCAUAUAUUUUCUUAUCUUUUAUUUUCAAAUUUUCCUCCCUUUCUUCUCAGCGAAGAAAGUAGAUGGAUCUCUGCACGAUCUCAAUGCUCACUGCUCAGAGAAGCUUUAGAAGUCAGAGGGUGUAAAACAAAUAUUACCAGUUUUAUAUUGAUGUGUUCUUGAACAUGCAAAACGAACGUUACGCCGAUGCACAAGAUUUCAUUCGCGAAACAGCAUUUAUGACUCGAAGAAGGAACGUGACGAAAAUCACGUUCGUAGUUCUAGUAAGAAUCUUAUCGUUACCUUAAUUCAAAUCGAAAUAUGAUACAGUAUUUUUUAACGAUUUGGGCUAUAUUAAUUUAUUCGCGGGAGUUAAAAGAAGCGAUAUAUAUAUACACGGAUAAUCAAGACUCGCGAAGUUAUACAAUGUGAACUGUAGAUCGCGUAUUAUAGCUAUAGACAAAUUAAAUGUACGAAGCUGUGUAUUACUACAAAUUAACGCGUGUACGAAGUGAUCACUGCCAAUAUAUUUUCGAAUUGUUAUAUAAAUAAUGAAAUGUUUCAUCCCCGAUUUUACACGAUUCUCCUAAUAUUUUGCUACAAACGGAUCAACACCAAAUGUGUGAUUUACGGUUCACCUCACGAGACUCGCGAGCGCGUCGUUAAUAGUCUCGGAUAAUCGCUCGCUAACGAUAGAGAGCUAAUCCUAGAGGUUUUUAUCGUUAAGGGAUUAAUUUAUUUGCCGACUUCGAUGGCAGCCUAACUCCCGCCGAGAGCUUUGGCGAAACUUGUAUAUAAUAACGGACAGUGUAAUCGCAACCGGUUUUUUAAAAUCUCGAUCGCUUGCUAGUCUAGUCGGGGUAGAAUUUAGUAUACUUACGUGUAGCAUUUUAGAGAGAUUUUAUUUUGCCUUUUCUUUUAGGAAGAAAAAGUGCCGUUAAUUCGAAAUCGCGUGAGACAAGUUUGUAAUUAUGCGAUAUUUACGAUUUAUCGGCUUUAUAGUUAU